AGAUUUACUUAAUAAACAAAACACUCCAUUUAAAUACGUCAACACAAAAUUGUGUACGAGGGCAUUUUCGCCUUCUGCAGCACAUCACACUGCCAACUGGCAAAACAAAUUAAUAGAAGCCAAAAAACGGAAAUUGGCGCGUGUUUUUAUCCAAAUUUGUUCGUAAGCAUUCGGUUCGAUUGUGUUUAAUAUUUUGCCAAAACGGAAAACGGGCAAAACAAACAAAACGAGCGAACCUGAAAUCAAAUAUAAAGAAAAGACACCGGCUAAACGCUCCACAACGGCGCAGCAGCGGAAGCAGCAGCAAUAAAAACAGCAACAGUGCGCAAAAUGUUGGAGGACACCCAGCUAGUUUGGGUUAGGGAUCCCGUGGAUGGUUAUAUUCAGGGUCGCAUCACUGAAAUCGGCGCCAAGGAGUUUGAGGUCACGCCCAUCGAUCGCAAAUUCCCCAAGCGUACGUGUCACCACGAUGACAUACACUCCUCAUGUGAUGGACCACAGGAUCACGAUGAUAACUGUGAGCUUAUGCUGCUGAACGAGGCCACAUUUCUGGACAAUCUUAAAACACGUUACUACAAAGACAAGAUUUACACCUAUGUGGCUAACAUACUCAUUGCCGUCAAUCCGUACCGUGAGAUCAAGGAGCUGUAUGGGCCCACUACCAUCAAGAAGUACAAUGGACGCUCCUUGGGCGAGCUGCCACCGCAUGUGUUUGCCAUUGCGGACAAGGCCAUUCGUGACAUGCGCGUCUACAAGCUGUCGCAGUCCAUCAUUGUCUCCGGCGAAUCGGGUGCUGGCAAAACGGAGUCGACCAAAUAUUUGCUCAAAUAUCUAUGCUACUCGCACGACAGUGCCGGUCCCAUAGAGACCAAAAUACUAGAUGCCAAUCCCGUGCUGGAAGCCUUUGGCAAUGCCAAGACCACACGCAACAAUAACUCAUCGCGUUUUGGCAAGUUCAUUGAGGUGCACUACGAUGCCAAGUGCCAGGUGGUGGGUGGAUAUAUCUCCCACUAUUUGCUAGAGAAGAGUCGCAUUUGCACGCAGAGCGCUGAGGAGCGUAACUAUCAUGUGUUCUACAUGCUGCUAGCCGGCGCACCACAACAGCUGCGGGACAAGCUUAACCUAGGCAAGCCGGAUGACUAUCGCUACCUUUCCGGUUGCACGCAGUACUUUGCCAAUGCCAAGACCGAACAGCUCAUACCAGACACCCAAAAGUCGACGAGCCAUCAAAAGAAGGGCCCGCUCAAGGAUCCAAUUAUCGAUGAUUACCAGCACUUUCAAAAUCUGGACGAAGCCUUGGGCCGAUUAGGUCUCUCCGACAAGGACAAAAUGGGCAUUUACACGCUGGUGGCUGCCGUGCUGCAUUUGGGCAACAUCAACUUUGAGGAGAUACCCGACGAUGUGCGUGGAGGCUGUCAGGUGUCGGAGUCAUCGGAGCAAUCACUGUCUAUUACAAGCGGCCUGCUGGGCGUAGAUCAGACUGAGCUGCGCACGGCUCUGGUGUCGCGCGUCAUGCAGAGCAAGGGCGGUGGCUUCAAGGGCACGGUAAUCAUGGUUCCUCUGAAGAUCUACGAGGCGAGCAACGCACGCGAUGCCUUGGCCAAGGCCAUUUACAGUCGCCUCUUCGAUCGGAUUGUGGCUUUGAUCAAUCAGGGCAUUCCCUUCCAGGCAUCUAACUUUUACAUUGGUGUCCUGGAUAUUGCCGGCUUUGAGUAUUUCACGGUCAACUCGUUUGAACAAUUUUGCAUCAACUACUGCAACGAGAAGCUGCAAAAGUUCUUUAACGACAACAUUUUGAAGAAUGAACAGGAGCUGUAUAAGCGCGAGGGCCUCAAUGUGCCGGAGAUCACCUUCACGGACAAUCAGGACAUCAUUGAGCUGAUCGAGGCCAAGUCGAAUGGCAUUUUUACACUGUUGGACGAGGAGUCCAAACUGCCCAAGUCCUCGCCCUCGCACUUCACCGCGGAGGUGCACAAGUCUUGGGCGAACCAUUAUCGCCUUGGACUGCCGCGCUCCUCGCGCCUUAAAGCGCAUCGCACGCUGCGCGAUGAGGAGGGUUUUCUGGUGCGUCAUUUCGCUGGCGCCGUUUGCUACAACACGGAACAGUUCAUUGAGAAGAAUAACGAUGCAUUGCACGCCUCGCUUGAGGGCCUGGUGCAGGAGUGCGAAAAUCCGCUGCUCAAGCUGCUUUUCCCAUCGGGCAGCAACACCUCUGUGCGCGGCAAGCUAAACUUCAUAUCCGUUGGCUCCAAGUUCAAGACGCAGCUGGGCGAACUAAUGGAAAAACUCGAGCAGAAUGGUACCAAUUUCAUACGCUGCAUCAAGCCCAACAGCAAAAUGGUUGAUCGCCAGUUCGAGGGCUCCCUGGCGCUUGCACAGCUCAAGUGCUCCGGUACCAUAUCAGUGCUCGAGCUUAUGGAGCAUGGAUUUCCGUCGCGUGUGCUCUUUGCCGAUCUUUACAGCAUGUACAAGUCCGUGCUGCCGCCGGAGCUGGUUUCACUGCCGGCACGCACCUUCUGCGAGGCCAUGUUCCAAUCGCUCAAUUUGAGCGCAAAGGACUUUAAGUUUGGCAUUACCAAGGUGUUCUUUCGACCAGGCAAAUUUGUGGAGUUUGAUCGGAUUAUGCGAUCCGAUCCGGAGAAUAUGCUGGCCAUUGUGGCCAAGGUGAAGAAAUGGCUGAUCCGCUCGCGCUGGGUCAAGUCUACGCUGGGCGCACUUUGCGUCAUUAAACUACGCAAUCGCAUCAUCUAUCGCAACAAGUGCGUGUUGACCGCGCAGCGCAUUGCCCGCGGCUUUUUGGCACGGAAGCAUCAUCGUCCACGCUACCAGGGCAUUGCCAAGAUCAACAAGAUACGCACCAAUACGUUGAAGACCAUCGAAAUAGCCAGCGGUCUGAAGCUUGGACGCGACGAGAUCGUCGGCGGCGUGAACGAUAUUUACAGGCAGAUUGAUGAUGCCAUUCAAAAGAUAAAGCAAAAUCCUCGUAUCACCCAACGCGAAAUCGACUCCAUGUACACAGUGGUCAUGGCCAAUAUGAAUAAGCUGACCGUCGAUUUGAACGGCAAGUUGAAGGAGCAACAGCAGGCCGAGGAGCAGGAACGCCUGCGCAAAAUUCAAGAAUCCCUGGAGGCGGAACGUCGUGCCAAGGAGGCAGAUGAACAACGUCUGCGAGACGAGGCUGAAAACAAACGACUCAAAGCCGAAAUGGAGACCAGACGCAAGGCGGCCGAGGCACAGCGUCUGCGUCAGGAGGAGGAGGAUCGACGCGCUGCCCUGGUACUGCAGGCACAGAUGGAAAAAGAAGCCAAGGACGAUGCCAAGUAUCGACAGCAGCUCGAACAGGAACGACGCGAUCACGAAUUGGCUCUACGCCUAGCCAGCGAAUCCAACGGUCAGGUGGAGGAUAGUCCACCUGUCAUACGCAAUGGUGGUCUCAGUGACGCGUCUCCCGUGGGUUCCAACAAACUGAUCAGUUUUUCACAAGUUGUGUCAAACAUUGCUUCGCGAUAUUUAAAUAAAUCGGAGAACGUGCGCGCUCAGCAACAAGCACUUGGCAAACAGAAGUACGACCUGUCCAAAUGGAAGUACUCGGAACUGCGUGAUGCCAUCAACACGUCCUGUGAUAUUGAAUUGCUUGAGGCCUGUCGCCAGGAGUUCCAUCGCCGCUUGAAGGUGUAUCACGCCUGGAAGGCAAAGAAUCGCAAGCGCACUACCAUGGAUGAGAAUGAACGUGCACCGCGAAGCGUCAUGGAGGCCGCUUUUAAACAGCCGCCCAUUGUGCAGCCCAUACAGGAAAUUGUGUCGGCUCAGCAUCGCUAUUUCCGCAUACCCUUUAUGCGAGCCAAUGCGCCCGAUAAUACUAAACGUGGCUUGUGGUAUGCACACUUUGAUGGGCAGUGGAUUGCACGGCAAAUGGAGCUGCAUGCGGAUAAGCCGCCCAUUUUGCUGGUUGCCGGCACAGACGACAUGCAAAUGUGUGAGCUGAGCCUGGAGGAGACGGGCCUGACGCGCAAGCGCGGUGCCGAAAUACUUGACCAUGAAUUCAAUCGCGAAUGGGAGCGCAACGGGGGCAGGCCCUACAAGAGCCUUGGUGCUAAGCCGAAUGGAGCAGGCAUUUAAACACAAUCAGCUAUAGACAUUCAUUAAUUGUGCACGUGACGAAACGAUAGAAACAAAUGCAGACUAACAAACAAGUUCGCCGUUUGAUCAUUGGUCCUGGACGACGGGUCAAAAUUAGCAGUCGAUACAAAAUUCCAUAAAUAUUUUUCCAAAACUUUUGAUAAAAACCACGUCCAAAAAUUUAUGCUUAAAAAAAGAUAAAACAUAAAUUAUAAAUGUGAACAGUUUUUUUCUUCAACUAUAUACAUUUCAAUAGCAUACGGAUUGCGUUUUAAUCGCCAAUUGAGCGCCAGCUGUACGCGUUCAUCUAUAUGUAUUCCAUAUACAUGCGUAUUUUUUCAAUUAGUUAAGUAAAUGUGUAAUACGAUUUAAAAAGGAAACGGCAAGUUGUAUUUAGUGUUUAAUGAAAUUCUAUUAAAAUAUGUAUUUAAAUAUAACUGCGUAUAUUU